CGUCGAGCUCAGUUUGCUACGAGCUAGAAAUCAUGGCCCGCUUCUUCAUUGUUUGUCUGCUCGCUGCAUUGGUGGCUUACGUGGCCUCCCUGCACGUCUACCAGCAGCAGCAGCAACAACACGCACCACCACAUCUGCGCAAUUCCCGUGGCGACGUAAAUAGACUCAGUUUCGGCCCCAGCGGAAGUGUCGGGGCUGGUAACUAUGGUGGCCUCGGAUAUGGAGGCAGCUAUGGUAGCGCGAACGUCGGCGGUGCACGCUUGGGCGGUGGAGGCGUCAUAGGUGGCAGCUCCAGAGGCGUUGGUGGAGCUGGAAGACACUUUGGAGGUGCUCUUGGAGGCGGUUCUGGAGCUGCUUUUGAAGGCAGCUUUGGUGGUGGCUUGGGAGGCGGCUUUGGAAGCAGCAAUGGUGGCAGGAGCAGUACUGGUGGCUACGGAGGCAACCACGGCCAUGGUAGCCGUGGCAGUGGAGGUAGGCACCUCUCUGCCGGCAGAGGUGGCCUUGGGUGGCAGGGGCCGCAACAGCAGCAGCGGCAACAGUAACGGCGGUCAAGAAUGUUGUGAUCGAAGUAAUAAAGUUUGGUAUGACCAAAAAGGAAAAGAAGAUAAAGUCUAUCCAUGCUACAGCUUUGGCGAAUUAAAGUGUGCAUAUGCGCCACUACAGAAA